AUGUUUUGGUUCCACUACAAUCGGUUCCGCUACUUUCAUCUCUAUCGUCAGCCGUCGCUACGGCAAUCGAGCACUCCAUCUGUGCGAUACUCGCAAUAUGUGAUACUCGCGAUACUUUCAUCGGCACAGGACUUCUGGUGGCAUCUUUUUGAGUGUAAUGCUAACGGAAAACCUCAGAAAUCACGAAUCCCGCGACCGAUCCCAACUGCAAGAACACUCUUAAACUAUUGUGCAAAUAUAACCUAUACUCACUCUCACGCACUGCGUCAAACGCAACAAGCGAAUAUUGUGUCGCAUGGGCGUGUUGUGUUACAAUGUUCAUUCAAUUUGGGUUGUAGUGGCGUUGCGCACGGGCGUCAUAUCCGGUGCGAUUAG